CGCCGUCAGCUGUCAACUUCCUUCAACCUCGGUUUAUUUUAUCUGUUAGGCCUCUUCGUUCGUCAACGUCAUGUCUCUCCCGUUGCUGCCUACGCCUGCAGAACUCGGCAUACAAACCAACAAUACGCUGGGUUCAUUGCUGGUUGGAGGUCUCGUGGCUGCUACGCUCUGGGGCGUCACGACCAUGCAGACGUUCACCUAUUUUGAUCGUUAUGGGAAAGAUCGUUUAUCACUAAAGAUAUUUGUCGCAUUCAUUUGGAUAUUGGAUACAUUCGACUCGAUACUAACGAGCCACAUUCUUUACUGGUAUUUCGUCGUCAACUACCUCAACCCCCUGUCCCUCAGCGAACCCGUGUGGAGCAUAAUGGUCCAUGUUUUGAUCACGUCAAUAACUGACGUGAUGAUUCGAGCGAUGUUCGCCCGCCGGGUGUUCCAGCUCAGCAAUCGUAACUACGUUCUGACGGGUAUCACGGUAGCCAUCUCGGCACUUGACCUGAUCUGUGGGAUAACCAUCACCGUGAAAGCACUCCAACUCGGCACUUUCGCUCAGCUCGACACCAUUUCGACAUGGUUCUACCUCAACUUCGCCGCAGGUUUUUCCGGAGAUCUUUUUGUGGCCAUCGUCCUAUGUUACUAUCUCUGGCGGUCGCGAACCGGUUUCCAAACCACCAACAGCUUGGUCAGGACGCUGAUGACCUAUAUUAUCACCACGGGAUUGCUCACUUCGGUGGACGCUGCGCUGGGGAUGAUCUGCUACAUCGUGAUGCCGAACAACUUCAUAUUCAUUGCUUUUUAUAUGAAUCUGGCUAAGAUGUACACAAACUCGUACCUCGCAUCGUUGAACGCACGGGAGGCUUUGCGUGACAAAUCGGACAACAUGGUCUCCAUCCACCUAACGCGCAUCUCGGAUCGGCCCUUCGGCACGGAGUUUAGCGCGUCCACACCCGCAGCCCCGGAUACGACGUACGCUUCGACCAUGCCAAAGCGGUCUGUGUCUAUGGAGCACUCUCCCGUCGAGAUGGAGACUGAGCCCGAGACUGAGGUCGACACUAUGGGCGACGCGAAAGUGGACGACCGCUCGAGUUCAUACGAGUAUUAUCGUCCGCGCGGCGCCCAUGCUGUAUAACAGGCAGAAAAGCACCAAUGGUCAGGAUCUCGUGUGCUACCAUCGUAUUCGGGACUUACCAUUAACCUCUUCGGAUGCUCCCGUUUCUUGGUUGCUUUCUUCCUCCUUUCACAUCUUGUACCUCUUGGAGGCGCUCGGCGUCGACCGUCGAUUCUCUGCAUAGAACAUGCCUGGGAAAGACAUGUACCGUUCAUUGGAUGAUAGCCACCCUUGAGUAAGUUGACCCGACGGCUUCUACACUUAUAAAAAAACCACCAGCCACUACCCUUCUUGUUCCGCAUUUAUCUUCUAGCAUUGUCAUUUUGUUAAAGACGAUUUAAACCAUCUGCAUAUUUCACUUGUACCAUUACUACCAUACGUCCACCCACAGGCAAUAC